UGAUUAAGUUGCAAGUCUAUAUAAAGGCGAGGCAACUAUUUUCUUGACGCAUUUCAAAGUGAAAAAUUAAACGCAUCGCAUAGUAAACUCACUGUUGUGUUGAAGAUUUUUAUUUGUACAAGAACAGACAUUUCCUUGAUAAAUUAUAGUGAAUAUUGAUCAAGAUGCAGAUCUUUGUCAAGACAUUGACUGGCAAGACCAUCACUCUAGAGGUGGAGCCUGCUGACACCAUCGAGAAUGUGAAGGCUAAGAUUCAGGACAAGGAAGGGAUUCCCCCAGACCAGCAGCGUUUGAUCUUCGCUGGCAAACAGUUGGAAGACGGCCGCACUCUUUCUGACUACAACAUUCAGAAGGAAUCUACUCUUCACUUGGUGCUUCGUCUGAGAGGUGGAAUGCAGAUUUUUGUGAAGACCUUGACUGGUAAGACCAUCACCCUAGAGGUUGAGCCUGCUGACACUAUUGAGAAUGUCAAGGCUAAAAUUCAGGACAAAGAGGGUAUUCCGCCAGACCAGCAAAGGCUGAUCUUUGCCGGCAAACAGUUGGAGGAUGGCCGCACUCUGUCAGACUACAACAUCCAAAAGGAAUCCACUCUGCACUUAGUCCUGCGUUUGAGAGGUGGUAUGCAAAUCUUUGUUAAAACCCUGACUGGAAAAACCAUCACACUUGAAGUUGAGGCCUCUGACACAAUUGAAAAUGUUAAGGCAAAAAUCCAAGACAAGGAGGGAAUACCACCAGACCAGCAGCGUUUGAUCUUUGCGGGCAAACAGUUGGAGGAUGGACGCACUCUCUCAGACUACAACAUCCAAAAAGAAUCAACUCUUCACUUAGUGUUGCGUUUGAGAGGAGGUAUGCAAAUCUUUGUGAAGACCUUGACUGGUAAAACGAUCACUCUCGAAGUUGAGGCUUCGGAUACUAUUGAAAAUGUAAAGGCUAAAAUCCAAGACAAGGAAGGAAUUCCUCCAGACCAGCAGCGUUUAAUCUUCGCCGGCAAACAGUUGGAGGAUGGCAGAACCCUCUCCGAUUACAACAUUCAAAAAGAAUCCACUCUUCAUUUAGUACUUCGUCUGAGAGGAGGUAUGCAAAUUUUUGUGAAGACUUUGACCGGUAAAACAAUUACGCUAGAAGUGGAAGCAUCGGACACCAUUGAAAAUGUAAAAGCAAAAAUUCAGGACAAAGAGGGUAUUCCCCCAGACCAACAGCGUUUAAUCUUCGCUGGCAAGCAACUGGAAGAUGGUCGCACUCUUUCGGACUACAAUAUUCAGAAGGAAUCUACCCUUCAUUUGGUCCUCCGUUUGAGAGGUGGUAUGCAAAUUUUCGUCAAAACUUUGACCGGCAAAACUAUUACUCUUGAAGUUGAAGCCUCCGAUACUAUUGAGAAUGUAAAGGCAAAAAUCCAAGACAAGGAGGGUAUUCCCCCAGACCAGCAGCGUUUGAUCUUCGCCGGGAAACAGUUGGAGGAUGGCAGGACCCUCUCUGAUUACAACAUCCAGAAGGAAUCCACUCUCCACCUUGUUUUGCGUCUGAGAGGAGGCAUGCAGAUCUUUGUCAAAACUUUGACUGGUAAAACAAUCACUCUUGAAGUGGAAGCCUCUGACACUAUUGAGAAUGUAAAAGCCAAAAUCCAGGAUAAGGAGGGAAUCCCACCAGACCAGCAGCGUUUGAUUUUCGCCGGCAAACAGUUGGAGGAUGGCCGCACUCUCUCAGACUACAACAUCCAAAAAGAAUCAACUCUACAUUUAGUCCUUCGUCUGAGAGGAGGUAUGCAAAUCUUUGUUAAAACCUUGACUGGGAAGACCAUCACUCUAGAAGUAGAGGCCUCUGACACUAUUGAAAAUGUAAAAGCUAAAAUUCAGGACAAGGAGGGUAUUCCCCCAGACCAGCAGCGUUUAAUUUUUGCUGGUAAACAGUUAGAAGAUGGCCGCACACUCUCGGACUAUAAUAUUCAGAAGGAAUCAACACUUCACUUGGUCCUGCGAUUGAGAGGUGGUAUGCAAAUCUUCGUUAAAACUCUGACUGGCAAGACCAUCACCCUUGAGGUAGAGCCGGCUGAUACAAUUGAGAAUGUGAAGGCGAAAAUUCAGGACAAGGAGGGUAUUCCCCCGGACCAACAGAGGUUGAUCUUUGCUGGAAAGCAGUUGGAAGAUGGCCGUACACUAUCAGACUACAACAUUCAGAAGGAAUCUACUCUUCACUUGGUGUUGCGUCUGAGAGGCGGUAUGCAAAUUUUUGUGAAGACCUUGACUGGCAAAACUAUUACUCUAGAAGUAGAAGCCUCUGAUACUAUCGAAAAUGUUAAGGCUAAAAUCCAGGACAAGGAGGGAAUCCCUCCUGACCAGCAAAGGUUGAUCUUCGCCGGCAAACAAUUAGAAGAUGGACGCACACUUUCUGAUUACAACAUCCAGAAGGAAUCAACUCUUCAUCUUGUAUUGCGUCUGAGAGGUGGAAAUUAAUUACUGCCUUUUUCUUCUCUUGUCAUUCCAUGCAAAAUGAGUAAUUAGUGGAAAAUAAAAACAACUGAGCUUA